CUGAGUUACGUACAUUACUUCAUUUAAUUCUGUCCACAGUCCUCUGACCUAAGUACUGCUGUCCUCCCUUUACACUUGAGAAAUCCGGGCUGCUUCCAGCUUUGCCAAGCUUGGUGGCCCCGGAUUUGGCUUCUGACACCCAAGAGAGAUCUCUUUCGCUCUCCUCGCGAUAUUCCCGGCACCUCGAAUCCCACGUGCCAGUGCACCGGACGGGCCCUGGCGGCCCGCGGGGCGCGGGGCUCGGGCCCAGGGCUGCGGCGCCGGUGCCGCGCGGAGCGAGCGUGGUUUCCGCGCUGACCUGCUCGGCCCGACGCCCUCAGCCCAGGGGCUUCGCGGCGGGCCCGGCUAUGGAGCGCCCCGAGCCCGCCGAGGUGCGCAUGAGCCAGGCCAUCCAGCCCGCGCACGCCAACCCGCGCGGCGAGCUGAGCGCGGGGCAGCUUCUCAAGUGGAUCGACGCCACCGCCUGCCUGGCUGCUGAAAAGCAUGCUGGGAUUUCCUGUGUUACAGCCUCAGUGGAUGACAUACAAUUUGAGGAGACAGCUAGAGUUGGACAAGUGAUAACCAUCAAAGCGAAAGUUACCAGAGCAUUCAGCACAAGCAUGGAGAUCAGCAUCAAGGUGAUAGUACAGGACAUGCUCACUGGUAUUGAGAAACUUGUUAGUGUGGCUUUCUCUACAUUUGUAGCCAAACCAGUUGGAAAAGAAAAGAUUCAUUUAAAACCAGUCACACUUCUGACUGAGCAAGAUCAUGUGGAACAUAAUCUGGCUUCAGAGAGAAGGAAAGUUCGAUUACAUCAUGAAGAUACUUUUAAAAACUUGAUGAAAGAAAAUAGCGAGUUUGAUGAUCCCAUUUGUGAUGAAGAGGAAGGAAUGGUUUCUACAGGUGGCACCGCUGUUCAGAGCAUUGAACUUGUCCUCCCACCCCAUGCAAACCAUCAUGGAAAUACAUUUGGUGGCCAAAUUAUGGCUUGGAUGGAGAGUCUGGCUACUAUUUCUGCAAGCCGCCUCUGUAGGGCACACCCCCUUCUAAAGUCCGUGGACAUGUUUAAGUUUCGGGGACCAUCUGCUGUUGGAGAUCGUCUUGUUUUCAAUGCCAUUGUCAACAAUACAUUUCAGACCUGUGUUGAAGUGGGAGUGCGCGUGGAAGCCUUUGACUGUCAGGAGUGGUCUAAGGGCCAAGGCCGUCACAUCAACAGUGCUUUUCUCAUUUAUAAUGCUGUCAAUGAUAAGGAAGAAAUGGUCACAUUUCCCAGAAUCAAACCCAUAUCAAAGGAUGAUUUUAGACGGUAUCGUGGAGCUAUUGCACGCAAGAGAAUUCGCCUAGGCAGAAAAUAUGUUACUUCCCACAAAGAAGAAGUGCCAGUUUGUGUACAAUGGGACAUAAGCAACCAGGUAUCCCUGAGUAAUGCCAAUGUGGAGGCUCUCAAAAAUCUGGCAGCCAAGAGUGGCUGGGAGGUUACCAGUGCUGUGGAAAAGAUAAAAAUAUAUACCCUGGAAGAGCAUGACCUUUUAUCUGUUUGGGUUGAAAAGCAUGUGGAAAGACCAGCACACUUGACUUACCAUCUCCUUUCUGACUUUACCAAGAGACCUUUGUGGGACCCUCAUUUCAUGUCCUGUGAAGUCAUAAACUGGGUGAGUGAAGGUGAUCAGAUAUAUUAUAUCACUUGUCCUAUAGUGAAUGGUGACAAACCCAAAGACUUGGUAGUACUUGUAUCACGAAGAAGGCCUCUCAAAGAUGGUAGCACUUACACGGUAGCAGUGAAAUCGGUUCUUCUGCCUUCAGUCCCCCCUUGUCCACACUACAUCAGAAGUGAAAUCAUAUGUGCUGGAUUUCUCAUCCGUGCUAUUGACAGCAGCUCCUGUACCGUAUCAUACUUCAACCAGAUUUCUGCUAGCAUCUCUCCUUACUUUGCUGGAAAUCUUGGUGGCUGGUCAAAAUCCAUAGAAGAGACAGCAGCCUCUUGUAUAAAAUUCAUAGAGAAUGCUACUGAUGGUGGGUUGAUAAACACAUUUUAAAUGGUAAACUGUCACUUACUUCCAGUUUUAUUUACCACUCUCAAUUCCACGUACCCUUAGCCCUGACACUUUGGCAAGCUUUGGGGCCACAAAGUAAUUUAACAUUGGCUGAAGCAAAAUGCAGUUAGGAAGGGGUUAAAAAAUAAAAUUCAUCUCAGGUCAAACACCAGUGAUUUGGAUAGCAUUAUUUAAAGAGCUUUAAAACUGUUUUAUAUUGUCUGUGGCUCUGCUUCCUUCCAGGGACACAGGCAGUGGAAAUUGCCCAUGUUCAAUUUUGUGUGUCCUGUAAAAUGGUACAAAUAUGGUUUAAAAUGAUCAUAAGCAUGUUUAGGCUAUGGAGAUGAAACAUGUGUUCUGUUUAAAAUUGUACAAAAUUU